GGCUUGCAAUCCUGUCGCCCUUCGCUCCUUUCCUUCCUACUCUCUGCAACAUGCCUGUCCCGGCGACUCUGACGAGUUAUCUGCCAACACUUCUCGUCAAAGUCUCCAAUACCGCAGUUCCUGAUGAUUCUUCCUUCUCCACACUUCCUCAGGGACAGGUCGACUACCUCUCACACGAAUGGAGGGAAGAAGACGUUUGGAGGUCAUGGAGGAGUAUGACAAGGCAGAAGAAUGCCAUCGCGAAUGGCAUGCGUUUAGAGAAUGCGAGUUGGCGUACGUGGUGGAAGCAGAGAAACAAACUAAAGACUAUCAAUCCGGAAACUCUCAAUUGGCUGAAAGACUCGGACGUUACCUGGCUGUAUGGCCCACUGCAUGUGGGCACCGACUGGACAGAUUACAAACAGCAAAAGGUAACUCCCCGCAAGACCAGCUUCGAUACCAUCUCUGGCACCCGACCUGUUGUUUCAGGUGUCACUAAACCCAUUCUCAAGCGGCGAACCAUCAGCCAACUCCUUUCUCUCCCCGCAAGCCCCUUCUUUGAUCAUGAAGAGUCCGAAGAGGGUUCUGACGAGGAGGGAACUCUAGAACACCCCAAGCUCCUUCACACGAAGAGCGACACGCAUAUUAGUUGGCGGUCGCGUCCGCACAGGAAAGACUCUCCCCCUCGAAUCAUCGCCCCGGAACUGCCACAUCCACUACAAGAGAACUCAUCACGAUCGUCGACCGAUUCGUCAAAUUCUGUAAGCAGCGAUCAAGAUCUCAGUGGACAGUCCAGUGGACCUGGCCACAAGAAGAAGCAUAUUAGCUUCAACACAUUCGUGGAACAAUGCAUUGCAAUCGAGAAGCCCAAACCGAAGCGGAAAAGCUUCGUGGGAGGGCGUGCUAGCUUCUUCCAUGACGCUGCUUAUGAUGGCGGGUACGACGAGGACUCUGAAGCGGGCUACGACUAUGAGUCCGACGAACCUUCGUCGUUCUUCAUUGGCGAUCGCGAAGAGCACCCACAUUCUGAUUCAGACGAUGAUGACGAUGACGUCCUGGAGAUGCGCACUUCGUCUUCGAGGUCUAGAUCCUCCUCAUCAUCAAGAUCGCGACAUUCUCCACUCAGCGGUGCCAGUGGGCAUCCAAACCCUUCACAGUCCGCUCAGAGGGUCCGGCCGCCUUUAGUCCGUCAAGCCUCUUCAGAUCGAGAGCGCGUCACCAUUGCACCUAUUGCCCCGACGAUCCUAAAGACCACUGGAGUUGGUAAUAACCUCGAGGAUAUCGUCGAGGGUCGUGUCACCCCGAACCCGAAGGAACUCGAGCUCGUUUAUCUCCCGCCUUCGAAUAGUAUCUACAGCUUGCCCUCCACACCGAACCUUGGUGCUGCAAGUCUUAGUGCUUCAGAAGACGUUUAUCAUCAUCGGGAAUCGUAUUUCAGCGUUGGCUCGUCCAGCAGCAGUAAUUUACGACAUAAUCGCUCUUUAUCGGCUGGCUCUUUACCACUAGUGCAAAACAAUGACUUGGCUCGACAAACGUCCCGGACUGUCCUUUCUAGUUUCUUCGGACACCAGUCGUUGGUGGUGGAUUCUCCGAUGCAUUCGGAUGACCUCCACAGUGAACAGCCAGAUGCAUAUGAUUACUUUGGCGGACCGGAUCUUGGAGAGGAUUAUGGUGAACGAAGGAGCCAUCUUGGAAGACGGAGACGGAACUCAGCUGACGACAAGGAUGAUGAGGAUGAAGGACCGGCUUCACGAAUCAUACGCUAUUCGCAAGGUGGUGCUUCCGGUGUAUCCAUUGGACGAAGUAGUGCCAGCAGCAGUCGGAGAGAAGAUUGGAGUGCCACGAUGAAUACGAGUAGUCCAAGGGUGCCUUCGGUGAUCGUCAAUGAGGUUACAGGUGCCGAGGAAGAGAGGGAAGAGGAAUCACCGUUAAGCGCCAGUCCGAUGGAGGCUUCAACGUCGAUAUCCGGUGCUAUGCCUAUAGCGAUUAAGCCUGUUCCUCGAGAGGAUCCUGAUGUGACAAUGGGUGGACCCAUGUCUAUGGGUAGUGGACCUUCACGGACGUCACCUAUACGACAGGGCUCCGACCAAGGAUAUCUUUCACCUUCGGAUAUCACCAUUCUCCCAUCUCGCGGCCGAUCACCACAAUGCAUCUCACAUAGUGGAUCUACAACCACAGGAUCGUAUUCUUACUCGAGUGAUUCUCGAUCGGAGUCGAGAGGUCGAUCGUCUACACGCACGUCUUCGUAUUCUGAUCACGAGAGGUCCGCUUCUCGUGGUUCGCGAGGGAACAACUCUCCGCUUGGAAGUAUCUCACCUACAGGUUCAGCUGUCGCGAUCGGCGCAUCGCACCAAACUCGAGGACGAGAUCGUGAUCGUGAAGCACGCAGUGGCUCUACCAGCAGUGCAGGUGGUGGAAGCUCUAGGUCAUGUCCAAGAGUUGACGAGGAACGAGGUCGUGAUCGUUCGGGACGCCGACUCGAAAAUAGCAUGAGCCCACCUAGUGCUGUCGGGUCUCCCGUCAGGGUUGCGAGCGAUGUCGAGUAUCAACCGUAUUCCCCCGAGUUGCUUGGUGCGCAAUUGGACAAUCCUCGUCAUUCUAUUGGUUCGACAAGAACGAGCUCGCCGCCUUCCAGUAUUUCCGGAUCGUCUACUGCCAGUUCGUCAACAGCCACUAUUGGUCCGAAUAAGGCUGCUUCGAGUAGUGGAAGCAGUACUGCUAGUGAGGGAGAUUGUUCUCGUACGGCUAGACCUCGACUUGCGACUGUUCCAUCGCCUAUACCCGAGGAAGAAGAGACUAAGGCUCGUCACACCUCGCCACCUACAGCUCCUACACCUGUCAACUCGCCAGUGAACACUUUCCAUCCUGUCCCUGCCGUCCUGCAAUCCGGUCCCAACUCACCCAAUCAUUCCGCUAAGCUCCCCAAAGCUAGUCUCGUGCAGCCAGUCACUUCUCCUUCAGAAGCUACUGCGACGACUAGUCCACCAUUGUCGCCUUCAUCAAUACGUAGCGUGGAGAGGAGUCGACGUGAUAUGAGGAGUCCUGAGCGAGAAGGUAUUGUGGGUAGGGCUGCUGAUUUAGUUUCGUCUGCGCGUGGAUUCUUGGGGUCGAUUUGGCAUACUGCGAGCAGUACUAGUGGUUGAGCCGCCUUUUCCUCCUCCAGAUCUGGACUAUGAACUCUCUCUCAUACCCUAAAGGAGUCGUAUAAUGAGUAGCACCAUUGACCUGGUCCUUUUACAAAGACCCAUACCUCUGUAUUCCAAGCUUCCCUCCCAGUCCGAUCCAUCUGAACCUUUUCUCCUCCCCCCCCUCCUCCUACCCCUACCCCUACCUGUCUCUUGACCCUCCGUAUCAACUUAUUCAUCCGCCCGCGGUAUUGUUUAUAUCUCAUUUCCGUGCUUCGCCCUCCACAUCUUGCUUUCUUCAUUCACACUUCCCCGGUGUUGUUGUUUGCAUGGGUAGGGUUUACAUACUUACUGUUGUGAACUUAAUCAUCAUCAGCUUUGUUUUUCCUGCGUUCCGCUUUCCCCCUCUCUCCUUCUUUUUCCCUUUUCUCUCUCAUUUAUCUAAUCCCCGUGGUUUGCUCGCCCUCUCCACACACAAGGUUCCAUUUCCGUUCUCUGUUUCCUUUUUCCCCUCAUCUCUCUCUCGCAUCUCUCCCAUUCUCUCUUUCUCUCUUCCAAUGCAAUGCAACUCCCAUCCAAUCCCAAUUCCGCAAUCAACCAUCUUCUUCUUUUUCCAUACCUUUGCAUACGUAUUACUGGCAGUAUUCGUUUUCGGGACCUAUAAGUUUUCAUUUUAUCGCGUUUCUUGACUCUCUUGACGUUUAAAGCGGGGGGAAAGACUUACUACCUCGCUUUCGUAUAUAGUUUAAUACCGUACAUACAAGCUAGCUAGCGUAUACACAACACACACCCUCCUGCAUUGUUAGCAUACGCAUGUAUCUCUUUAGGAUUCCGGCUGUUUCAUAGAUGUAUAUUCUUUCUUCUUUU